CACACACAUAUAAACACAACAAUAACAAAUACCAACUUGGUUUCGGAUCAUCCUAAAAAACAAAGAAAAAAAAAAAAGAACAAGCUUUUGAAAAGAUGGGUUUGAGAAAUCCCUCUAUUCUGUGGUUGGCACUUAUGUUGUCUUUCUCUUCCGCCAUUAACUGUUUGGACAUCACAAAAACUUUGGAACAAUACCCAGAAUUCUCAACGUUCAACAAAUACCUAACCGAAACCAAGUUGGUUGAACAAAUUAACGGCGCUAAAGCCGUUACAGUUCUCGCUAUUGACAACAAGGAUAUCGCUUCCCUCUCUGGAAAAUCCCUUGACGCCGUUAAAACCGUGAUUGGGACCCACGUUGUAACCGAAUUUUACGAUGAAAAGAAACUUGUUGAAGCCGUUGGAAGCCACGCAGAAUUGGCUACACUCUCAACGGCUUCAGGUUUAGCUAGCAAAAUCUACGUGGGACUUAUUAAUGAGGGUGAGGUGGCAUUUAGUUCCGCUGUUCAAGGCGCAACUUUCGAUGCUAAACUUGUUAGAACCGUUACGACUCAACCCGACACCGUUUCGGUUCUUCAGGUUACUCAACCAAUUGUUAAGGUUGCUGAAUCUUCAACACCUGUGACACCUAAUGGAGUUGAAAAGGAAGUACCAACAUCUUCUAUUGUUGCUGAGUCACCUAAGAGCAUUGGUGCUGAAGCACCUGCUCCUAGCAGUUCUUCACGUACCACUUUUGGAUUCGUUGGUGCUGUUUUGGCCUUUGCUUCCGUUUUUGUCUCUUUGUAAGCGUAAUAUAAUGUAUUUCUAGAGAGGAAGAUGGAACAGUGUAUUAAUUGAAAGAGAUAAUUAACUAUAAUGGGUUAAUUUGUUGUUAUUGGAAGAAAAAAUAUUAAUAUUACACUUAUGAUUUGUGUUUA